AUGAAAAACCAAACCACAGUAACAAGCUUCAUCCUGCUGGGGCUGACAGAUGACAUUCCACUGAAAAUUCUGCUGUUCAUUUUUCUCUUUCUUUCCUACACGUUGAGUCUAUCUGGAAACCUAACCAUCAUCACCCUCACUCUGAUCGAUUCUCACCUUAAAACACCUAUGUAUCUUUUCCUCCAAAAUUUCUCCUUCUUAGAGAUUUCAUUCACAACUGCUUGUGUUCCCAGAUUCUUGUACAGCAUAUCCUCUGGGGACAAGUCCAUCACCUACAAUGAUUGUGCCAGUCAACUGCUGUUUACAGACCUCUUUGCAGUGACAGAAUUCUUCCUCCUGGCCACCAUGUCCUAUGACCGCUACGUGGCCAUCUGCAAACCCCUGCAUUACACGGCCAUCAUGAGCAACAGAGUCUGCAAGAACUUCAUCCUCUUCUGCUGGGCAGCAGCACUAAUGAUCACACUCCCACCAGUGAGUCUGGGUUUGGGCCUGGAAUUCUGUGACUCGAAUGUCAUCGAUCACUUUUGCUGUGACGCUUCUCCUCUCCUGAAGGUCUCUUGCUCAGACACACGGGGGACAGAACAGAUGGUUAUAGCAUGUGCUGUGCUGACCAUCAUCACCCUCGUGCGUGUAGUUCUUUCCUACAUUUACAUCGUCAAGGCCAUUCUAAGGUUUCCCUCUGCCCAGCAAAGGAAGAAGGCCUUCUCCACCUGUUCUUCCCACAUGAUUGUGGUUUCCAUUUCUUAUGGAAGCUGCAUCUUCAUCUAUGUCAAACCCUCAGCCAAGGACGAGGUAGCUAUUAAUAAAGGAAUUUCACUCCUCAUGACUUCUAUUUCACCAAUGCUGAAUCCAUUUAUUUACACACUGAGAAACAAGCAAGCGAAGCAAGCUUUUCUUGACUUGAUUAAAAAAAGUGCACUCCUCUCAAAGAUGUAA